AUGGGAAACCUCGCGAGUUCGAAUCUCCCUUGUGCACUUCCCCCCCUACCAUCUCCCUCGAAAUCCCGCCGUCGUCCAGUGCCCCUACGGCUACAAAGCCUCGGAGUUGACCCAAGCCUUCUAGUCGGCAAGGUACUAACGAAACUCAGUCGUUCUUCAAAACAUCCUACUUUAACCCUGGACUUCUCGGACAACACUACAUUUCAAAUUCUUGUUGAUGGUUAUGACCCUGUUCAUAGAGGUCUUCCAAAAGAACUUGAAAUGGACUCGUCUCUAGAGCAGCUUCUCACCACAGGGCAAGCGCAUGUAGAGUGGACAAUCAAAAAUUGCGCUCUCAUAACCUUGACAGACAAGGCAUUCGAGUCGAGAGAGAGGGAACAACGGUGGGACCAGAAUCAUACCGGAGUUGCAUUCCGCUUCUUCGAAGACCAGAUGUGGCAUUGCGUAUGGGCCACCCUGACGGAUCAUGACCGAGGCACAUGCAUUUUUCGCAGCUAUGAUGACGUAUAUAUUGAUCAACUACAUCGCUCUCCUCGAAAACUUCGUGCACACGUACCCGACUCUCCCGUAGAUCUUCGCUGAUCCAUGUUACUGUCGCAUUGAUCAAGUCCCCCUUAGCAUGAGGUUUCUUAUAUAAAAGAUAUUUACCUUCUGUCCACAAAUAAAUCUUGCAUCUGUACCACUACUGUAUCUCACAUACGCGAUCGGAAUACGCACCGUGCAAUUUCAAGGAUAUUGAUCAUCU